AUGCACAUUGAUCCCGAGGUCGAGAAGAGAGUGAGAAGGAAGCUGGACUGGCAUAUCAUACCCCUCGUAUCGGCGCUGUACUUGCUCGCGUUUCUGGACCGGUCGAACAUUGGUAAUGCACGCAUCGCAGGCAUGAGCGAGGACCUUCACCUCGACGGGGAGAAGUACGACUGGCUCCUCACAAUCUUCUACAUCUCGUACAUCAUCUUCGAGUUCCAAGCUAUCAUGUGGAAGAUUGUGCCACCGCAUCGGUGGGCGGCCUUUGUGGUGUUUGGAUGGGGCCUCGUUUCGUCUGUCCAAGCGGCCAUUCAUACAUGGGAAGCUGAGAUGGCGCUGAGAUUUCUCAUGGGGUUGACAGAAGCCGGUUACGGGCCAGGGAUUCCGUACUUGCUGUCGUUUUUCUACCUCAGGCACGAGUUGGGGCUGCGGGCGGGACUGUUCCUGAGUGCGGCGCCAUUGGCGAAUACUUUCGCGGGGGCGCUGGCGUAUGGCAUUACUUCUGGCUCUCCGGGUAUUCCGAAGUGGAGAGUGCUCUUCUUGGUGGAAGGGCUACCUACAAUUGUGAUGGCGGGAGUGGCGUACCUUUUCCUGCCAGAUAGCCCUGAGAAGGCGAGGUUCCUUAACGAGGAGGAAAAGCAGGUGGUUAGAGCACGAGGAGUGAGGCAAGCCGGGGCUGCGACCAGGGUCGGCGGCGUGAACUGGAAGGAGUUUGGGCAGGGGCUUGCAGACCCUAAGGGGUGGAUUUUGGGGUUGAUGUACUUCUCGUGCAACGUCUCGUUCUCGUCGCUUCCGGUGUUUCUGCCCACCAUACUAAAAGAAAUGGGCUUUUCGGCAAUCAACGCUCAAGGACUCACGGCCCCGCCGUUCUUCCUGUCGUUCCUCAUCACCAUCAUCACGCCGUACAUUGCGGAUCGCACGCAGCAACGUGGCAUUAUGCUUGUGAUCCUCACCAGCAUCGGCGGAACAGGCUAUGUGAUUUUGGCAGCGGCGAGGAGUGUAGCAGCUCGGUACUUUGGCGUCUUCCUCGCUGCUGCGGGCAUCUUCCCCGCCAUUGCCAACAUCUUGCCGUGGGUGUUGAACAAUCAGGGUUCCGACACGCGGCGCGGCGCUGGAAUCAUUCUGCUGAAUGUCAUCGGGCAAUGCGGACCCCUGCUGGGAACGAGGAUGUACCCGGCCAGCGAAGGUCCCCGCUACGUCAAGGGCCAGUCAGUGUGUGCGGCCUUCAUGUUCUUCACGACGUUCCUCGUGAUCGUACUGAGGACGCUGCUUGUAUGGGAGAACAAGAAACUCGACAGACAGUACGGGACAUUGGCGCAGCAGAAGCAGGCUAUUGAGGACGCAGCGCGCAGCGCAGGCGGUGAGGUGAAGAACGAGGUUGCGGUUGAGAACUACGGGCCGCUGUUUAGGUACGUAUUGUAG